AUGGCGUCUGCUCUCACCGUCCUCUUCCUUGAGCUCCCUGUGCCUGGACCCUCCAUCUCCGUCAGCCCCAGCAGUGUGAUCGCCCCGGGGGGAGCCGUCACCAUCCGCUGUCAGUGUCGGUGCGAGGCCAGGAGGCUAUUGCUGUAUAAAGGUGGAAUCCGAAUCCGGGAGCUGGAUGCUGAUGGGGAUGGGGGUGAAUUCACCAUCCCCAGCGCCAGACGGGAAGACUCAGGGAGCUACAGCUGCCAAUCUCACUCUGGAUCAGAUCCACCCAACUGGUCGGAUCCCAGUGAUUCCAUGCGGAUUGUUGUAGCAGAGCUCAGCUACCCCAAACCCUCCAUCUCCCUGCGCCCCAGCGAGGGGGUCACCCUGGGGGGAGCCGUGACCAUCCGGUGUCGGGGUCGGCACCAGAACGUGAGGUUCCUUCUGUACAAAGAUGGAAACCCGAAUCUGCUGCAGGACGUGGAGCCGGCUGGGGACAUGGCUGAGUUUCCCAUUCGCAACGUGAGCCGGAGACGUGGAGGGAACUACCGCUGCUCUUAUCGCUCCAAAUCAGACCGGCCUGUCCAGUCUGAGCCCAGCGACCCCGUGGAGCUGGUGGUAGCAGCCGAUGCUCGUUUUAAUCCCACAGCGGGAACCGACCCAGCUGGGUCCCCGCAGCUGUAUCAGCCCCCGACGGAGCUGGGGGGAGAAGCAGCCCCCUCGGGGCACCUGGAUUUCACCCACGCCAACAUCACCCACCUGGCGGUGGGCGCCGUGGUCCUGCUCAUCCUGGGGCUUAUCCUGGCUGAGGCCUAUUACAGCCGCCCGAGGGAGGUGCCCUAG